CGGAGCGGGGCGGCGGCUUCCGCGGAAACUCCGCUUGGAAAAUAAACCUCCACCGCUUUGCUGGAGAUCCACGUGAGAACAGGAGAGCCCGACUGCAAGAUCUCGGCGCUGCUGUUGCCUGCUGCAAUUUUACUUUUUGUUUGCCUUGAUUAUUUUUUUUUCCUGUUUGUUUGUUUGUUCUUACUUUCAUUUUGGAACCGGUUCCCAGCUGCUCGGCUGAACUUCUGGAGACCAAUGGACCUUUUAUAUUGCCUUCCUCUGUUUUAAACAAACUAUGGACGCUUAAACUUUUCUCUUUCCCCCUCCCCCUCGCUCCUUAACCCCCACCCGUCAGCUCAUGGGGCUAACACUGCAAAGCAGCCGCAGCAGAGGGAGAAAUACACAGCCACUAAUUUAUUUUCCCGUCUCUUAAAUUGCAGUUAAUUCCUCUCGUCGUCCUCGUCAUCACCCAUUUUCUCGAGCUUUUUUGGCUGCCGGGUGUCGAUCUGUGCGUUGUUUUAUCUGAUCUCGAUUCUUUUGUUGUUGUUUAAAUGCCAUGCACUGCUUAUCUAGAGAGAAAGCUAUAUGGAGAUAGAGGCAUAUAGUGAAUGCGCGUGUGUUUCCAUAAGACUAUCAAGGGAACAGAUCAGAAGCAGCCCGGAUCCUGACCCUGACUGUAUGAAUAAGUAAGCAGGAUGCUGACGACUGUGUGUUAGUUGCCUGUAAGGUUUUCGUAAGUUAAAGGGGGACGGAGGAGGGGGGGUGGGGGGGGACAGACCAGAGACAGGGCUUAGAGUAAGUGUUAGUGCGGAGAGGGGGAAGCUCUGACACUUUGCUCCCUCCAGCGUAGCUGCUGCUUCCCAUCACCAGGGCUCCGCGGUUUGCUCUAGUGCACCCCACCCCCCCGCUCCCAUUUCUUUCCUUCCUUCUGUCUUUCUUUCUCUUUCCCCCUCUGUCCGUGGUAGUUUGCUGAUGUGCAGCCCGGAUCCAUCUUCUGGCAGCAGCAGCAGCAGCGGGACCGGGCGCGGAGCGGGACGCGGGCGGCAGCAGCCGCCGCCUCCUCCUCCUCCUCCUCCGCGGGAAGUUUGUCUGGGGUUUGACAGAGGCGAGGGGACGCCCUGACAGACAGGAUCUCCCGGCCUGAGUCCACCCCCUGCGCCCACCCACACACCCAAGGAGUUCUCCCCGGCGAGGUGGCGGGCUGGGGGCAGGAGGGGCAGCGGCGCUCAUGCUCCUCGCUGUGUGUUGCACCCGUCUGAGUGGGGCUACCUAGGGAAGCACCGUCUCUCGGAGGAGCCUCCAGGUGGAGAAGGGGAAAAAAAACUAACCACCCCAACCCAAAUUCCCCAAACCCUGUGGUUCCUCCAUCCCUUACCCUCCUUUCCCAAGCCGGCGUGGACAGCUGAGCCGGCUGCCUAAUUCAUCUGCACCCUGCCCACCACCUCUCUGCCCGAGGGAGGAUGAAAAUGCUCUGCUGGAGGAUGGCACUGUGGCUGGCCGGGUGGACUGUCUGUGGGAAGCCUUCCUCCUGCGCUGGCCUCGAUUAUGACUACACUUACGAUUUCACCGAAGAGGAUAAAGCUGAGGCGAUAGAUUAUAAGGACCCUUGCAAAGCCGCUGUCUUUUGGGGAGAUAUUGCCUUAGAUGAUGAAGACUUAAAAAUCUUUCAAAUUGACAGGACGAUUGACCUUACGCAGCACUCCAACGAAAGACUUGGCCAUAACACAGGUGGCUUUGGAGAGCAUGGGAUGUCAAAAAAACGAGGUGCCCUCUAUCAGCUUAUAGACAGGAUAAGAAGAUUUGGCUCUGGCUUUGAGCAAAAUAACACAUCUAAAGGAAGAACUACUGUAAAAUUCUCAGGGAAAAAUGAGAAAAACCGAUUUCCCAGAGCUGCUACAUCACGAACAGAAAGAAUAUGGCCAGGGGGUGUCAUUCCAUAUGUAAUAGGUGGAAAUUUCACUGGCACCCAGCGCGCCAUGUUCAAACAGGCCAUGCGGCACUGGGAAAAGUACACAUGUGUUACAUUUAUUGAACGAAGCGAUGAAGAAAGUUAUAUUGUAUUUACAUACAGACCAUGUGGGUGCUGUUCUUAUGUGGGUCGAAGGGGAAAUGGUCCUCAGGCUAUAUCUAUUGGCAAGAACUGUGAUAAAUUUGGCAUAGUUGUCCAUGAGUUGGGUCAUGUGAUAGGUUUCUGGCACGAACAUACACGACCAGACCGUGAUGACCAUGUCACCAUCAUUAGAGAAAACAUCCAGCCUGGUCAGGAAUACAACUUCUUGAAGAUGGAGCCUGGAGAGGUGAACUCCCUUGGGGAACCAUACGACUUUGACAGCAUUAUGCACUAUGCCAGGAACACCUUCUCAAGGGGCAUGUUUCUGGAUACCAUUCUCCCUUCCCGUGAUGAUAAUGGUAUACGACCUGCCAUUGGCCAGCGUACUCGUCUAAGUAAAGGAGAUAUUGCACAGGCAAGAAAGCUGUAUAGAUGUCCAGCCUGUGGAGAAACACUGCAGGAAUCUACAGGCAACUUCUCUUCUCCAGGAUUUCCAAAUGGUUAUCCUUCUUACACACACUGCAUAUGGAGAAUCUCUGUGACCCCAGGGGAGAAGAUUGUUUUAAACUUCACCACCAUGGACCUUUACAAGAGCAGUCUCUGUUGGUAUGACUAUAUUGAAGUGAGAGAUGGCUACUGGAGAAAAUCACCUCUGCUUGGCAGGUUUUGUGGUGACAAACUGCCAGAAGUCCUUGCAUCCUCCGACAGCAGGAUGUGGAUCGAGUUCCGCAGCAGCAGCAACUGGGUUGGGAAAGGUUUUGCAGCAGUUUACGAAGCUAUUUGUGGAGGUGAAAUCCACAAAAAUGAAGGCCAGAUCCAGUCUCCCAAUUAUCCUGAUGACUACAGACCAAUGAAGGAAUGUGUGUGGAAAAUAACAGUGUCGGAAAACUACAAUGUAGGAUUAACCUUUCAAGCAUUUGAGAUUGAAAGACAUGAUAACUGUGCGUAUGACUACUUGGAAAUUCGAGAUGGAGCAAAUGAAAACAGUCCUUUAAUUGGUCAUUUUUGCGGCUAUGACAAGCCAGAAGACAUUAGAUCUACCUCUAAUACCCUGUGGAUGAAGUUCGUUUCUGAUGGCACCGUUAACAAAGCAGGGUUUGCAGCUAAUUUUUUUAAAGAGGAAGAUGAAUGUGCCAAACCUGACAAUGGUGGCUGUGAGCAGCGCUGUGUAAAUACUCUGGGCAGUUACCAGUGCGCCUGUGAUCCUGGCUAUGAACUUGGUCCUGACAAAAAGAGUUGUGAAGCCGCUUGCGGAGGACUCCUGACAAAGCUAAAUGGGACUAUAACCACACCAGGGUGGCCCAAAGAGUAUCCUCCAAACAAAAACUGUGUGUGGCAGGUGGUUGCCCCGACGCAAUACCGAAUUUCAAUGAAGUUUGAGUUUUUUGAACUAGAAGGGAAUGAAGUUUGCAAAUAUGAUUAUGUGGAGAUUCGUAGUGGCCUUUCUUCUGAUUCUAAACUACACGGUAAAUUCUGCGGUACAGAAGUGCCUGAAGUUAUCACCUCUCAGUACAACAACAUGCGAGUUGAGUUCAGGUCUGACAACACGGUGUCAAAAAAAGGCUUCAAGGCACACUUCUUCUCAGACAAGGAUGAGUGUUCGAAGGACAAUGGUGGCUGCCAGCACGAGUGCAUCAACACGGUGGGAAGCUACGUUUGCCAGUGCCGAAAUGGAUUUGUGCUACACGAAAACAAACACGACUGCAAGGAGGCUGAGUGCGAACAGAAGAUCCACAGUCCCAAUGGCAUCAUCACGAGUCCCAACUGGCCCGACAAGUAUCCCAGCAGAAAGGAGUGCACGUGGGAAAUCAGUGCCACCCCCGGACAGAGGGUCAAAUUGACCUUCAAUGAAUUUGAGAUAGAACAACAUCAAGAAUGUGCUUAUGACCACUUGGAAGUGUUUGAUGGCGACAGUGAAAAAUCACCAAUUCUGGGACGCUUAUGUGGCAAUAAGAUACCAGAUCCUCUUAUUGCUACUGGAAACAAAAUGUUUCUCCGCUUUAUUUCUGAUGCAUCAGUUCAAAGAAAAGGCUUCCAAGCAACGCACUCUACAGAGUGCGGUGGUCGGCUGAAAGCUGAAACCAAGCCCAAAGAUCUGUACUCGCAUGCUCAGUUUGGUGAUAACAACUAUCCGGUUCAGGCGGACUGCGACUGGCUCCUGGUGGCAGAGCGUGGCUAUCGAGUCGAGUUAAUGUUUCAGACUUUUGAGGUUGAAGAAGAGGCAGACUGUGGUUAUGAUUACGUGGAGCUCUUUGAUGGUCAUGAUAAGGCAGCUGUGAGACUUGGUCGAUUUUGUGGAUCUGGGCCACCAGAAGAAAUUUAUUCAGCAGGGGAAGCUCUUUUACUUCACUUUCACACUGAUGAUACGAUCAACAAGAAAGGAUUUCAUAUACGAUACAGAAGUAUAAAAUAUCCAGAUAGUGUGCACACCAAAAAAUAACACAAGAACCUCUAUGCCAGAAAAGAAGAGUGAGAAAGAAAGAACGCACAGUGGAAGGGAAGGCAGGCAUGUCUUUUUUUUUUUUUUUUUUUAAACUGAAGUUAUUAACACAAAUGUUUUAUAUGAGUUCAGUUGAAAUGAUGACUUAUCAGAUCAGUGACUGAAAUAAAAUGAGAAAAAAAUAAAUCACCUAUCGCAGUGGAAUAGACACGAUGAUGAUGUGCGGGCUCCAUACUUGACUGUCUCUGCAAAGCUUGUGAAAGGACUUUGCAUGCAGGGAGAACAUAAAAGCUUUUGUUCACAGUUUGACAUUUAUCGUAGAUGCGUGCAGAUUCAAUGCAGUUGCAGUCAGGGUUAGUGACGCUGCAGACCGUUCUUCCUUCUGACAAUUGUAUGGUGUCCAGCAGGGGAAAAAAAAGCUCUUUCAGGUCACACACGCAAAAUACUGUCCUUGUAUCUACUUGCUUUGACUUUGUAUCCUGCAUAUGGUGUGUACAAGGACUUGAAAGAAGAUACGAAAUGGGAAGGUCUUCCUGCGUUGUUCUGUAUUUUUUAUGAAUUCAUCUGUCAUAUCAGGUUAUCAGUGUUUUGAAACUGGAAAAUCCUACUUUGGAAACAUAACUGAUCUUUAGAGUAUUUUGUUUUACUAAUGACUGAGAAGUCUGAACUGUUACAUUGGUCAUCACUCGUUGACCAAUCACUAGUUGACUGAAUUUGAACAGUAUAAGCAUCUGAAAAUGUUUGGUUUACUGGUUAAGUAAGCUAUCUCUGAUGAUGUGCUCUUAUUUUGCACUGAACAUAGAAACAGACUGAGACGAAAACCUGGCCCGAAUCAAAAUCUGUAUCCGUGUGAAACAGAAAUAGUAAAGGAUCAUCUGAAACUCCUCCUACUGAAUUUGGUUUUAGCAGUACAUUUGGAACCACUACUACGCUUUAUUUCUUCGGACCUCUUUGUGAAUGAGCUAAUUGUCUGGUUUAGCUAAUCAGAAAUUAAGCUGCAGUAGUAUCCCAAAGAGGUUUUUUUCUGGGAGUAACAGUAUCUGUGAUGGUGAAAAAAGCAAAACAAAACAGACCCAGGAUUUGUUUGUUAUCAAGAGUGAAUUCCUAUGGUGCUAUUCCAUGAACAUUGAAAACAAAAACAAACCAAGAAGUUGUAGACUUUUGAGCCAACAGCUUGCAGAUCAUGAAUGUCUCACUACGCCUGGCUGCAUCUGGAGAAGGAAGGCUUUACUGCCCCAAGGGAGAGCGGGUUGCAACGGCAGCGCUAGUCCUGUGGAACAACUACUACUAUUGCCUUAGAAUCCUCGCACACAGUCAGACAGAUCUUCCUGUAGAUACACCUCUAAUUUGAUAAAUAAUUCGAUGACUUGGACAUCUUAGCAUACGCUAACAAAAGGAUCUUCAAGCAAAAGCCCCAUCUGCAGAGCGAGAUCAUCUGCUGUAAAUACAGUGACCUGCUUUUGAUGUAGAGAUAUGUUACGUUUAGAACUGAGAUAUUCUAUGUGCUUUAGGCCAUACAUGGCUUUAGUCAUAAUGUAUAUGCAUUAUGUAAGUAUUGUAUGAAUGAGUGCUCCAGGGGAGUGAGAGGUAUUGUAUGGGUGAAAAUUGAAUUGUUUCUUUAUGUGCCAAGUUCUAUCAGGACCCUGUUUGACUGUAGCAACUUUUCUUUAAAGGCUUCAUAGACAGAUAACAAGGACUUCUAGUUGGCAAGAAUCAAGUUUAAACGAAGUAUUACGUUUCACUUACAAGAAAUAUUAUUUUGAUAUCCUUUGAUGUAAGUUGCUACUCAGAUUAGCUUAGUUUCUGUUACCUUACUAUGAACAUACAUUGGCACUAAUAAAU